CUGAGCAUUCCAAGUUCCAUGGCUUUGUACUUCAAUGCCCAAAAUCAUCACUUUCAACCGAUUCUUCGAAAACCCUUUCUUUGUUCUGUCAAAAGGAAACCCCAUUUCUCCCAACUUUGCCAACCCCAGAGUUCCCGAACCUCAACCGAAAAUUUACCUCCAGAUCAUGGACUCAUACUCGUUGGCGAAUCCAAACUCUCUGGUCAUGUUAACAUUAGUGGCUCCAAGAACUCGGCAUUGGCAGUUCUUGCAGGGACACUCUGUUGCUCUGGAACUUCAAAGCUUCAUAACAUCCCAGACAUAUCCGAUACUAGAGAAAUAUUUUCAAUUCUGCAGUCAUUGGGUGUUCAAGUUGAGGCAUCUAAUGGGGAAGUGACAGUGGACACCAACGGAAUUCGCUCUGUUGAGCCCUGCCCGGAAUCAGUUGGAAAGACUCGGGGAGGAUUUUUUGUUGUUGGCCCUUUGCUUGCUCGGUUUGGUGAGGCAGUGGUGGCUCUUCCCGGGGGAUGUGAUAUUGGCACUCGUCCUAUUGACCUAUACAUUCGAGGGCUUCAAGCACUUGGUGCAGUUGUUGAAUUGAGGGACAGAAAAUUCUUUGCAUUUGCUGUGAAUGGUAGACGACUUGUUGGAGGGAAGUUCUAUCUUGAUUAUCCCAGUGUUGGGGCAACUGAAACUCUCAUGAUGGCAGCUUCAAUGGCUGAUGGAGUAACUAUACUUUGCAAUGUAUCCCAAGAGCCAGAGGUGGUUGACCUUGCUCGGUUUCUAAAUAAGAGUGGGGCCUGUGUAGAAGGAGUAGGAAGUGGUACGCUAGUUAUCAAGGGAAGGAAUCGGUUGAAUGGUUCUGAAUUCACCAUAAUACCAGACCGAAUUGAGGCAGGUACGUUUAUGGUUGCUGCAGCCAUUACACGUUCAUGUGUCUCAAUGUCACCUGUCAUCCCUUUCCACUUAUCUUGUGUGAUAGAUAAGCUUUCAGCAGCUGGUUGCAAAAUCAUAGAAAGCACACAGAACACCUUGGAGAUCUCUGCCUUGCCUGGGGAUAUUGCUAGAGAUAUUCGAGGUGUUGAUGUUAAAACAGGCCCAUUUCCUCAAUUUCCUACAGAUCUGCAACCUCAAAUAAUGGCACUGCUUAUGACAUGUACUAGCUCAAGUAUUGUUGAGGAAUCUGUUUUUGACAAGCGCAUGGAUCAUGUGAGAGAGCUACAUAAACUUGGAGGUAGAAUUCGAGUGUGUGGGAACACUGCAUUCAUCAAUGGGAAAGGUCAUGGAAGUGCAUUGUAUGGUGCUCCUGUUGUUGCAACCAAUUUAAGAGGUGGGGCUGCGCUUAUUUUGGCGGGAAUGGCAGCAGAAGGAAUUACGCAAAUCGAUGGUGUAGCUCACAUUGAUCGGGGUUAUCAGAAUCUAGAUAUGAAGCUUUUUUCCCUAGGAGCUAAUGUUAGAAGACUCAUCAGUCCCCCUGUUUCUCAAGCAUGACAGUUUAUUUCAAGUUGGAUACUUAUGUAAGGUAGAUAGAUUUUUGAAAAGAAAAA